AUGAAGUCUGUGAAGAUGGCAACUGUUCAAAGGGAAACUUGUACUCUAGAAGCAAAUGUACUAGAAAAUACUUUAGAGUUUUCACUACUUGAUCUCUUCGUUCCUUUAGAAAAUAUGGAAUCUUCAAACUGCAGUAAAUAUUAUGAUGAAGUUCAAAAAAAGGAAUAUCCAUUUCUCAACGGUGACGACAAGUUCUUAGACAGUAUCAUUAAAGAUAUAUUUAAUAACGACGACCACCUAUUAGAAGAAUCUAUAGCCGAUGAUAAUUUUUCUCAAUUUGACGAUCUCAGGCUCUUUGAUUCAAGCAGCAUAUCGGUAUUAGGAGUAAAUCUGGAUUUACAUUCCAACGACGCUAUAAGUAAAACGAGAGAAUUAGAUUUAUUCGACGAUUGUAUUAACCUCGAUCUUGAUCUAGAAAUAACGAAUUCUAGAGUUAACGAUGUGCUUCCCCUGCCGUUCGAAAUAAAUAUGGAGAAUAACGUUUCUGAACCUUUGGUAUCUUUAACUCCAACAAUAAUGGUUAAUUAUCUGAAGAGAAUCCGCUUAUCUGAAAACUUCUGCCUGAUUGAUAUAAAGGCAUAUGAAAUUGAAAAGGAAGACAUCAUUGAAAGCAUCGUGGAAGUUCCCAAGAAAGAUGGAUCCUCACAACAUCAACAGGAUAUUUAUACAUUUAACUUGAAUUUUGAAAAAUAUUUGGUUGAGUAA